UGCUUAUUAGCAGCCCAUCUUCUUACACAGUUUUCUCCCUUUGUUGUAGAGAGUAGAGAGAGUGCAUAGAAUUGGCAUUCGCGUUUAGCGCUUUUGGUUGAUUGAAACAUAUGCCCAGAAAGCUUUACUUGGGAACUUCAUUCCGGACUUUAGAUUUUGAAUCCGUUAGAUAAUCAUAUAGUUUUUCUUCAAAGCUCCUCCCGCGUAUUCGAAGCUGGAAAAAAUGAUCCCCGGAAGAAAUGCUGUUCGUUCUCGGAUUCUCGCGCUGUGUUGCUUCCUGGUGUUGAUGAGAUUCGCAGAAUCUCGAGUUGCUCGACGGGAAGUGGAUGUUCUCCAGCAGGUUGUCACUACCAUGGGUGUAACAUCUUGGAAGUUCAAUGCUCGUUCAUGCAAAAUCGAAGGAGUUGGGACAGCACAACCGCGGCCAAGUUGGUCUGAGAGCGAUGUUAAGUGUGACUGCAAUGUGGGGAAUAGCACUGUGUGUCGUCACAUUGUUGGAAUUGUGCUAAAAGGUUUAAGCCUUCCUGGUGUUCUUCCACACAAACUGGUGGGGCUCCCUUAUCUCCAACAUAUCGACUUUGCUUACAAUUAUCUCAGCGGUACAAUACCAACUGAAUGGGCCUCAACAAAAUUGAAUAACAUCUCUGUGCUUGUGAACAGGUUGUCAGGGGAAAUACCUAAAGUAUUAGGAAAUAUUACCAGCCUCACAUACCUAAAUCUUGAGGGGAAUCAGUUUUCGGGUGGUAUUCCUUCUGAACUUGGAAACCUCGUAAACUUGAAAACCUUGAUGUUGUCCUCAAAUAGUUUGGUGGGAAGGUUGCCUGCAUCAUUUUCUGCACUUGUAAAUUUAACAGAUUUCAGGAUAAAUGACAACAAUUUCACCGGUCCAAUUCCAGAUUUUAUAGGGAACUGGAAACAACUUACAAGACUGGAGAUGCAAGCAUCUGGAUUAGAAGGCCCCAUUCCAGCAAAUAUAUCUCUUCUUAAUAACCUAAUUAAUUUGAGGAUCAGUGACAUAAAUGGACCUAGUCAGGGAUUUCCUCCACUUAGUAGUAAUGGAGGCCUAGUAACAUUGAUAUUGAGAAACUGCAAUAUCUCUGGAAUAAUUCCCCCAUAUAUCUGGAACCUGAAAAUCCUUGAAACCUUGGAUGUCAGUUUCAACAAGCUAGAGGGCGGAUUUCCAGAUCAUAUUAGUCCCAGAAGUACUCUACAUUUUUUGUUUUUAACCGGCAACGUCCUCACGGGACAUAUUCCUAGUUCAAUCUUAGUAACUGGACUGAAUGUUGAUCUUUCCUAUAAUAACUUUACAUGGCAAGGUCUUGAUGAACCUGCUUGUCAACCUAAUCUGAAUUUAAAUAUAAACAUGUACAAGAGCUUUUCAACAGUAAGUGCACUAAGGAGAGUUCUUCCAUGUGCGAAGGAAGUUAUUACUUGUCCUAGAUAUAGGUGUUCUCUAAAUGUAAAUUGUGGUGGCAAUGACGUUACCGCCAACGAAAGAAACCGUGAAGUUAUGUAUGAAGGAGAUGCAAGUGUUGAAGGCAGUUCGGCUUCAAAAUAUUUCACUAGUAAUAAUUAUUGGGGAUUUAGUAGCACAGGAGACUUCAUGGAUGAUGCUAAUACUCAGAAUGCACGUUUUAUUGUGUCACAACCAUCAGCAAACCUCUCUGAAUUGUACAGAAGUGCUCGUAUUUCUCCUCUUUCGCUUACUUAUUUCCAGUAUUGCUUGGAAAAUGGGACUUAUAAUGUGAGUCUCCACUUUGCGGAGAUAGAGUUCAGAAAUGACAGUACAUACUACAGUCUCGGAAGACGUAUCUUUGACAUAUAUAUUCAGGAAAAACUUGUUCGGAAAGACUUUAAUAUUGAAGAAGAGGCUCGUGGAGCUCAAAGGCCUGUUGUAUUGUAUUUUAAUGCCAGUGUGACAGAUAACACCUUGGAAAUUCGCGUUUACUGGGCUGGUAAAGGGACUACGCGUAUCCCUCUUCCAGGGCAUUAUGGUCCCCUUGUAUCCGCUAUUUCAGUUCGUCCUUAUAUUAAAUGUUCAAACGGGGCCAAUAAUCAUGCAAAUAUUUAUAUUAUUGUUGGAGUGGUGGCCGCAUGCAGUACCAUUCUCAUGUUUUCCUUGCUGUGGUGGAAUGGCUGUCUACAAUGUAGAGAGAUUCAUGAAGAACCAGCAGAGGGCGAACUGCAAAUGGUUACUUAUACUUUAAGACAAAUAAGAGUUGCGACUAGAAACUUUGAUAUCGCAAACAAGGUUGGAGAAGGGGGUUUCGGUCCAGUAUACAAGGGUCGGCUUCCUGAUGGCACUUUAAUAGCAGUGAAGCAACUCUCCUCCAAAUCGAGGCAAGGAAACAAAGAAUUCUUAAACGAGAUUGGAAUGUUUUCUUGUUUGCAACAUCCAAAUGUUGUUAAGCUUCUCGGGGGCUGUGUUGAAGCAGAUCAACUACUUCUUGUAUAUGAAUACAUGGAGAACAACAGCCUCGCUAAUGCUUUAUAUAAGGACAAUCAGUUGGUCUUGGACUGGCCGACAAGGUUAAAGAUUUGCAUUGGUAUUGCUAGAGGUCUGACCUUUCUUCACGAGGAGUCGAGCCUCAAAAUUGUUCAUAGAGAUGUUAAAACUACAAACGUGCUGCUUGAUAGAGACAUGAAUCCCAAAAUCUCGGACUUUGGACUUGCUAGGCUCAACGAAGACGAUAAGACCCAUAUCAGCACUCGAAUCGCUGGAACAAUAGGGUACAUGGCUCCGGAAUAUGCACUUUGGGGUCACCUCACCUACAAGGCCGAUGUCUACAGCUUCGGGAUUGUACUUCUGGAAAUCGUUAGUGGACAGAGCAACACUAACUACAUCCCAGUCGAAAGCUGCGUUUGUCUUUUAGAUUGGGCCUGUUUCUCGCUGCUAAGUGGGAAUCUGGAGCAGUUUACCGACCGGAAAUUGAAUUCUCGUUUCAACAAAGAAGAGGUCGAAGGGGUGGUGAAAGUAGCACUCUUGUGCACCAGUGCAGCUCCAACACAUAGGCCUAUAAUGUCACAAGCUCUGGGUAUGCUUGAAGGAAGUAUCAGUAUUCCAGCUGAAAUCCCAGAAGCUAGUACAUACACCGACGAUUUGAGGUUUAAGGCCAUAAAAGACUAUCGUCGAGAGAAGACAAAAUUCUCGAAUGCUGCUACUGGAACCAACUCUCAGAUCUCCGGCACUGAUUACUUCGAGUACAAUCCCGAGUCACCAUCUCGACGUAAUCAGAGCGAGAUUAGAGUCGUGCCUGAGAAUCCCGCAACUUUCUCAGAGUCACCCUGAGAAUCUGCUCUGCUUUUUCUUCACAAUCUUGCAUGCUUCAUGAACUUGUAAAAGGAGACUUCUAUUCUUGAAGUUGGUAGCUGGUUCCAGCUAUCCUCUUCUUUUAUUUGCCUUUACAUUAUAAACUCCCAAAGGCUUCUUAUUUAUCUAGCUUUUAAAUAAUUAGCAUCAAUUUGUGUCUAUAAAUUUUGCAUGGUUUAUGUUUUCAAGAAAUUUCUAGUGUUGAUAGGUAUCAAUACCUUUUGUACCAAAUACAACCAUGCAUGAUUGUACUGUGUACUAUGAGAACAUGUGUUGAUAGUACUCGAUACAGUCCGAAAUGCAUUCAUGGUUGUAUCUGAUGCAAAAAUGCAUCGGUAAUGAUAUCUGUACAAAUUCAACUUGUAAAUACAUCAUGAUUAUCUAUUUUUUUGAUUGUUGUUA